AUGGCUAAAGUUAUAAGAAAUCAAUGGGUGUACAAAAAAACUGGGCACUGGUAUCGGUAUCUUCCGCGCAGAAAUGAUACCUCAAAAGAAUUCGAUUAUGAAAAGCAAAUGGCCGGGCCAGAGCAUUUUCCUGAAAAGAUGGAAGGCAAACCACCGAAACUUUGGUUGGUGUGGAUCUAUAGAAAUUACUCGACAGAUUCGGCAUAUAUCAAAAAAAAAAUUGAAAAAUUAUUUGGUAUAGAUGCUGAACCUGGUAAAAUGUUUAUUUUCAAAAAUACUGCUUCACAAAAUGCAGAGUUAUGGCCUUUAAAGCACAUCAUUGAAGUACGCGCACUUUCUUUUCCGAAUGGCGAACCAACAAUUGAUGAUGUGAACGCUUUGGAAGUCUUUCCAGAUGGAAGAUGUGUAGUUGAUAAGCAUUUAGCUUGUGAACCAUCUCGGUUGAAUGUGGUGGACUCGCAGAAGCAGAUGAGUAGCAGCUAUCUGUGUUCACGACUAAGAAGUCGAUAUAAUAAAUGUCAGGAUAUAUUUGAAACAAAUGUUUAUACAGCGAAGAAUGUCACAUUAAUUGAGUGA